GUUUACCUCUCACAGCUAGAAAGCCUCUUGGAUUAGAAGACCUGCGCCUGGAUCUAACAAACCCUUGGGAAGAGAAUAAGCAGUCCCAGCUACAAGAUGAUGCUGGACUCAGUAAACCACAAUACUUUCCUGCCAAAUCCAAUGCUAUGUGAAUCCCUGACGUCUUGGUCAGAACUAUUUGGACCAACUGAAGAAAACUACUUCCCAUUUGAUCACCAGACAGGCUGUGAUUCUUCCUGGACAUCCACCCACCCAGAGUACUGGACAAAACACAAUGUCUGUGAAUGGCUGCAGUUUUGCUGUGAUCAAUACAAACUGGAUGCCAACUGCAUUUCCUUUUCCCACUUUAACAUAAAUGGCCAACAACUAUGCAGCAUGACUCAAGAGGAGUUUUUAAAUGCAGCUGGCAUUUGCGGCGAAUAUCUGUAUUUUAUCCUACAGAACAUCAAGUCACACGGUAUCGCCUUCUUUCAUGAUAAUGAAGAAACAAAGCCAUCUGACAAACUUUAUGAUGAUAAGGCAUGUUUGAGAACAGGGGGUAUCAAGAGUCAAGAAUUUCAGAGUCACAGUAGAACAAGUCUACAGAGCUCUCACUUAUGGGAAUUUGUAAGAGACCUCCUCCUGUCUCCUGACGAGAACGGUGGCAUCCUUGAAUGGGAAGACAGGGACAAAGGCAUCUUUCGAGUUGUUAAAUCGGAUGCUUUGGCAAAGAUGUGGGGACAGAGAAAGAAAAACGAUAGAAUGACAUACGAAAAACUAAGCAGAGCUCUUCGGUACUAUUAUAAAACUGGGAUUUUGGAACGAGUGGACAGGAGGUUAGUGUACAAAUUUGGAAAGAAUGCACACGGCUGGCAAGAGAGCAAGUUAUGAAAGACCCCCUGCUUCAGACAUUAUCUCAUAAGCAACAUGA